AUGGGUAUUAUAAGAGUUGUUGAUGCAAGCGAAAAGUCUAUUGGGUAUAAAAUAGAUAUUGGAUCGACGUUGCGUUUUGUUUUGCCGUAUGGGUCCUUUCCAUUCGAUGUCACAGUGGACACCAAUUAUACAAACGGCUCGUACAAGGCUAAUUCAUACCAUCAACUUAAGACAAUUUGUCCACAGUCUGAAUUUCAAUUUCAGUUUGAUCUACCACUCCAGGCGUCUGGUGUUUUCCAAUUUCGUAUCAAAAACGUUUCGGAUGAAGUCUUGAAAAUUGUUUAUAUCAAUGUUUACCCACUUGUCCAUUUUAGUUCUAAGAAAGUCCCAGUAAGUGGUCUGUCUGUUCAAACACACAUCACAAGACUCAUGGGUAAAAUUUCAGAGUGGGAGAGUCAUUAUCAAACACUGUCGAAUUGUGGGUACAACGCAAUUCAUUUGACUCCACUCCAACCAAUUGGCCCAAGCGGAAGUGCUUACUCGUUGGUUCAACAUCUGGAUAUUGAAGACAGUCUAUUCGAUGAGAAAUUGACAACUGAAGAAAAAAUCAAGAGAGUCGGGGAGACCGUCAAAAUGCUCAGAAACAAGUACGAAAUUGCUUCCAUCAUCGAUGUGGUAUUAAGCCAUGUUUCCAGUCACUCACAAAUGGUUGUCGAACACCCAGAGAUCUGUUACACAACAGAUAACUGCCCACAUCUGAAGGUUGGGUAUGCCUUUGAUUCACUUAUACACAAGUGCAUUGAUGAUAUCAUCAACUCGAAUUAUAAUGACAAUUUAGGUAUGUUCAAUACCCCAGAAGACGUCAAAAAGUUCAUCGGGUAUUUUAAAGAGAAGUACAUGAUACCAAUGCAAUUCUGGUUGUACUAUGUCAUCGAUGUUGAGAAACACAAGUUGGCAUACAUACAAUACACAAAGGAAAAUCCAAAAGCAGAGAAAGGGAAAACUGGAUCACCAGAGGAAUUGGCAAAGAGAAUGGAAAAGUAUGUACAAACGGAUGGGACGUACGAGAAAAAUCACAUCACUGUGCCAAUCAAAGACGUUUACUCACUCGUACCGGGUCUUGACGAAUUUCUGAACGCACUCGACGUUCUCAAUGUGGAUAAUUACAGGCACUACGACAACGAUGUGAAUGCUGCUAUUCAAAACUGUUUGAACAACUUGAUGUACAGCUGCUUUGAUCCAAACGGACCCCACGUGAAUAAAUUUACUCGGGAAGUACACAUACUUCCUUAUUAUUUCCAAGUGAUUGAUGGGGUCAAUUCGAAAAACGAAAAAGUCCAUUUGGUUGCAGCCCACCACGGCUGGAUCUUUGGAGGAGAUCCAUUUUUCGACUUUGUUGGAGACAAGUCGUCGAAAGUGUAUAUCAGAAGAGAGGCAAUAGUCUGGGAAGAUUCGCUGAAACUGAAUUAUGGAACGACUUAUAAGGGACAUGAAUACAUCUGGGACCAUAUGAAAGAGUAUGUGUGCUUGAAUGCAAAAUUGUUUGAUGGACUCAGACUAGAUAAUUGCCACAGUGUGCCACUUCCAGCACUUGAGUAUAUAUUAAACCACGCAAGAGAAGUUAAUCAAAACCUCAUUGUUCUGGCAGAAUUGUUUGCGGACAAUGCAGACGCUGUUAUUCAAUAUGUUGUGAGAUGUGGUAUUCAAGGACUGGUCAAAGAGGCAUUAAGAGGAAAGACCCCAAGUGAUUUGAAUGGUGUUGCGUACCAAAGCAGUUGGUUCAAGCCCGUUGGGGGCAUCUUAGAAGAAAGCGUGUAUGACGAACUCCCAGCAGACGUUCAACCAAUGGAUGGGUGGACGUAUGACUUGACACACGACAAUGAGCCACAAGAAGGCAAUAGAAAUCCAAACGACAGUUUGUCGACUUCAGCUGUAGUUGCGAUGACAAUUGGAACAAUUGGAAGUGUGAGAGGCUACGACGAGUUGGUUCCAUUUAAGAUAUCAUGUGUCACCGAAAGAAGAUUAUACAAGAAGUACGAUUGGAACGACUUGAAAAGUGUUGGGAUAUCAAAGGGAAAGAGCGAGUUGAACAAACUCCAUGAAAGACUUGCCAUUGAAGGGUACUCGGAGUUUUAUGGAGAGAUCAACGGUAAUUUAGUCAUUCUAACAAGAAGAAACCCGAAGACACAUAAGGUGGUUAUUGUCUACGCCCAUACAUCAUUUUUGGGGAACAAUUCUGUGGUGCCAAACACAAAGAAAUUCACAUUGAAGGAUUACAAAGUCGACAAAUUUUUGUUCUUUGGUGCUUUAACGACUGGGCUUCUCAAUUUGACAAAUCCAAAAGCGAAAUACAUUUCUGGGAAUAAAUGCAUUUGCGACUUCACAACAGAGUAUGACGUUGUCAAUGAGUUUGUGACUGUGGAAGACUCGGACAAUUGCGCCAAAGUCGAGUUCAAACAAUUUCCCGCUGGAAGUGUCUUAGCUGUUCAACUUGAUUUGAUAAACCCACCUAACACGAAUUGGAAUAUACCAAAGUUUCAAUUGAAACCACAAGACUUAUUCAAUGUAUUCUUUGGAACACCAGAGGAAGUGGGAGCGGAGAAAUUUGAAGUGUUCCAUCAUGAGACAUUGGGAUUCGUUGGACUUGGUGGAGUUUUACCGCUGUUAGUGAACGACUUGUCUCAACCAAUUUACGAAAAGCUCCGCAAUGGAGGGCUUGAUCACAUCGCCCCAUACAUUACACAACUUGUGAAAGACACAGCACUGGGACAAUUCACAAAAAGUACUCUUCUUGAAAUCUCGCGGUUCCCCAAGUUUUUGAUUCCAAAAUACUUCGCAGCGUUUAUCAAAAAACUCUUUGCGUCACUUGUUCCAUCCACUUUUGAGUCAAGACUCGAAUUGGCAGCAUCCCAAUUUUACUCGGAUUGUAAAGGCACUCCACUCAUUGCAAAUGGUUUAGUGCCAGCCAGUCUUGGUAUUAAAACGGAGAGUUUAUGUGCCGGAAUACCACACUUUCUCACUGGAUAUAUGAGGAACUGGGGAAGAGACACUUUCAUUGCUCUCAGAGGAAUUUUGCUGAGAAAUGGUCGUUUUGAAGAAGCUGAAAAUACGAUUCGUGCUUACUUGUGUGCGAUGAGUCACGGACUUAUUCCCAACUUACUUGAUGGUUGUGUCAACUCCAGAUACAAUGCGAGAGAUGCAACAUGGUUUUGUAUGUCGGCCAUUGUAGAUUACUGCGAGAUGGUACCACACGGCGAAAGUAUACUCGACAAGAUGGUGUACCACAUAGAAACAACUCAAGAAGUGCUUACACGGGUUAACAAGAAUAAAAAGAGAGAGAUGACUGUAAGAGACGUGAUGCAGUCGAUACUUGAAAUGCACGCAAACGGUAUUCAUUUCAGAGAGAAGAACGCUGGACCAAAGAUCGACUCUGUGAUGACGAGCAAAGGCUUUGAUAUUGACAUCACACUCAACCCAGAAACGGGAUUCAUUUCUGGAGGCAAUGAAGCCAAUUGUGGCACUUGGAUGGAUAAAAUGGGCAGUUCCACGCGUGCUGGCAAUUGUGGACAACCCGGUUCUUCGCGUGACGGUGCCGAUGUCGAAAUUCAAGGACUUUUAAUGAAGGUGUUACACUGGAUUAAUACAAAGAAGGUGUUUCAACACGAGGGCGUGAGAAUUAAACUGUAUGGCGAAUUUACAUACGAAGAGUGGGAGAAUAAGUUGCAGGCUAACUUCUCGAAAUACUUUUACAUUCCAAGCACCAUUGAAGAUGACAAAAAAUAUGAAGUGCAAAGUGCUUUGGUGAACAAAAGAGAGAUAUAUAAAGACGUUGUUGGUUCGAUAAAGAAAUGGCCUGACUACCAACUCCGACCAAACUUCUUGAUCACUUUAGUUGAAGCUCCUUCGAUGUUUGUUGGACACGAAGAUGAAGUGAAAAGUGUUUUGAAGAGUGUGAGAAAGCUCUUGGUUGGUCCUCUUGGGAUGAAAACACUCGACCCAACGGACUGGAGCUACAAGCCAAAUUACUACAACGAAGAUUCAGACGACUAUUCCACAGCUAAUGGGUUGAAUUAUCACAAUGGGCCAGAGUGGGUUUGGCCAUAUGGAUACUACGUGAUGGCAAUGCUCAUGUACAACCCAGACAACUUAGAAAAGGACAAGUUAAAGACGUAUUGUCGAUCGUUAAUGUUUAAUCACUUCAAGUACGUCAAAGAAGAUAAGUGGAUGGGACUUCCCGAAUUGACAAACUGUGACGGUCAUAGGUGUUACGCGUCGUGUGUUUCGCAAGCGUGGAGUGUUGCGACAUUAUUAGACGCUACAAAGAAAGUCGAGGAGUGGUAA